AAAACCAUUUUCUAAGGGUGACGCCACACUCGCUCAGUCCAGUUCUCUCAUACAGUCCAUGAUCCCCAUCAGCCUGAACGGUAGAAUAAACAGAAUACCUAAACCGUUGUUCUAACAGAUGAGAGGAUUUGUAGUGUUAUCCUCGACCCGAGCAGCAAAAGAGAACAGUGGAGAGAAAAACCAGAACCUGCAGAACCCGAGCCCAUAAGGUGGUGAAGGGGUUCUGUGUGAGAGACUGGACAGAGAAACGCGUGGAUACCACUAGAACACCUGUAGGGAGAACAUGGUCGGUUCCACAAAGACAAGAGGCAUCAGGAGGAUGACCUGAAGAACCUUGGAAGAGCGUUUCCAUGGCAGCAAAGGGGAACCACUAAGAUGUGGUCGUCACUGCAACAGCAAGGAAAGGCGGCAUGGAUCAGUGAGAUCUGGUUAGACUAGAAUCUGCAGAAAACAAAAGACGUGGAGAAAUAAUGGGGUCGUCCUCAAACGACCUGCAGCAGCAUGAAGGUGAGGAGAGACGACCAGGAGGUGCAGAGGAGUCUGACAAGACAAUACUGUGGGAGGAGCUAGAACAAGCGCAUCCGUCAUCCUCACCAUGACCUCUGACCUUUUGAGAAGGUCAUGGAGUAAACACCCUGAUGUCUGUUCAACAUUCUCUGUUUAGAAACGCACAAAAUAAACGGAUGUCCUCUUUGCUCCAUUUUAUUCAGUUUCAUUACAUUUCGUCAGAUCGGCAUUUCUUCUUCAAAAUGAUAAACUAAAGUCUCUGCAAACAUAAAUGACCUCGCACUGCCAUCUGCUGGUGGAGGGCGGGAAGCUAUGACGUAAGGCAGUAGGUUGCGCAUGAGCAGUGAGCGUGCCGCCAUGGCGCCCCUGGAUCUGGAUAAAUACGCAGAAAUCGCUAAAGUGUGUAAAUACCUCCCGGAGAACGACCUGAAGAGAUUAUGUGACUACGUUUGCGAUCUUCUCCUGGAGGAGUCCAACGUCCAACCCGUGUCCACUCCGGUGACGGUGUGCGGCGACAUUCACGGACAGUUCUACGACCUCUGCGAGCUGUUCCGGACCGGCGGCCAGGUUCCCGACACCAACUACAUCUUCAUGGGCGACUUCGUGGACAGAGGCUACUACAGCCUGGAGACGUUCACGUACCUGCUGGUGCUCAAGGCCAAGUGGCCCGACCGCAUCACGCUUCUGCGUGGAAACCAUGAAAGCAGACAGAUCACGCAAGUUUACGGCUUCUACGAUGAGUGUCAGACCAAAUAUGGGAACGCCAACGCGUGGCGCUACUGCACCAAAGUGUUCGACAUGCUAACGGUGGCAGCGCUGAUGGACGAGCAGGUCCUGUGCGUGCACGGCGGCCUCUCCCCCGACAUCAAGACCCUGGACCAGAUCCGAACCAUCGAGCGGAACCAGGAGAUCCCCCACAAAGGAGCCUUCUGUGACCUGGUGUGGUCGGACCCUGAAGACGUGGACACCUGGGCCAUCAGCCCCCGAGGAGCCGGAUGGCUGUUUGGUGCCAAAGUCACCAACGAGUUCGUUCACAUCAACAACCUGAAGCUGAUCUGCCGCGCCCACCAGCUGGUCCAUGAAGGCUACAAGUUCAUGUUCGAUGAGAAGCUGGUCACCGUGUGGUCGGCGCCCAACUACUGCUACCGCUGCGGCAACAUCGCCUCUAUCAUGGUCUUCAAAGACGCCGCCACCAGAGAACCCAAGCUCUUCAGAGCCGUGCCGGACUCGGAGAGGGUCAUCCCGCCCCGGACCACCACGCCGUACUUCCUGUGAGCGCGCUCAGACGGAUGACCACGGUCCAGCCUCCGCCGCAUGUAGCCGCUCAGAGAAAAGACUCCGCCCACAUGCUCCUAUUUAUUCCUGCGUCUUUGCCGUUAAAGAUCUCCUGCUGGUUCUGACCUGCAGCAGAUUGAUGCUGGCGGCGUCGCCGUUCCACGCCAAACUCGUGCUGCAUUCACUGACGCUCUGGCUUUCCAACAUCUGGAAUCUCUUCAUGUGUUUUUAAAUAAACGGUCAAAAAUGUU